AUGGGAGACACGUUCUCGUAUGCGGACAUCAUCGUGGCCAGUCGACUGUUCUGGUACAAGCGCGUCUUGAAGGAGGAUGAGUGGGCGAGAAUUAGCUCUUGGAAUGGAGGGGGAUGGGCAAAGGUGCUGGAUAAGAUUCAGCAGGAAUGUCACCUGGCGUGA